AAGCAAUCAAUAUUUUCUUUCUUUCUUCUCUCUCUCUCUUUCUUUUUUUUUCUUUGUCCUUCUUACUCCUGUUAAUUUAAUCGCCGCUGCCAAUCAUGCCUGAUCCAAAUUCUGCCUUUUCCAUUCAAAAUUUAUUAUGCGAUGAUAAUGCAGAUGAUGAUCGAUAUACAAGAUCUCCUUCUUAUCAAUCAGAAUCAAGUGCAUCUACCUCACCUCUGACACCCCCAGGUACUACGUUCAAAAUGACAUUCCCCGUGUAUUCGGAAACAAAAAACAAUAACAGUAAUGAUCAUUAUUCGUCAUCAUCACAUUAUUAUCAACAUCAAUCUUGUUGUCGCCUGACAUCACCCCCUACUGUCAAAAAUACGACAAUAUCUUCAUCACCUCCUUCAUCCCUUUAUCAUCGUCAUCAUCCUUAUUUGACACCUCCACCACAUAACAAUUAUAUCACCAUCAAUAGUGAUCUUAUUUGUGCACAUUAUUUACCAACGCAUUCAUAUUCAUCAGUCAAAGCUAAACGUAAACGUGCUAGUCCUACACAAAUCAUGAUUCUGGAACAUGUAUUUGAACAUACUGCCUUUCCUUCUACUGCUCUUCGAGAAGAAUUGGGUGAAAAAUUAGGUAUGGAACCUCGCGCAGUACAAAUAUGGUUUCAAAAUAAACGCCAAUCAACAAAGAGGGAACAGUGGGAUUCAAAUUUACAAUCAUCAUCAUCAUCAUAUCAUCAUCAUCAUCAUCAGCAACAAAAAAUUUAAUUCAACUUUAGUCUCCAUCAAGAAUCCUUUUUUCUUUUUUUCUUUUUUUACUUUAUGCCGCUUUCUGACUCAGCUCUUUACCAUUUCCCUCCAUUGUUACCAAAAAAAAAAAAAAAACAAGCUGAGCAUCAUUUUUUUUUUAUUUUUAUUUAUAUACUCUUGUUUCCUUAA